AUGUCCGAUCAGAUUAUAAAGGAAGUGGCUUCAUACCUGACACCCAAUGUUCCUAUUGUACCGAUUUCACAGGGUGCAGAAGCUGUUGUUUUCACUACAUCGGUUCAUCCUUAUGAGCCUAGCCAGAACAAUGCAGAAACAUCGAUUAAGUACGUCUUGAAGUACAGACCUCCCAAAAAAUACAGACAUCCUACCAUAGAUAAAGCGCUCACCAAACACCGCACAUUGAGUGAAUCUAGGAUUUUAGCCAAACUUUCGCAGAUUCCGGGUCUUAACGUACCCAAGCUCAUCGCAUGUGACGUCUACAACGGAUGCAUUUGGAUUGAGUUCUUGGGCGAAGAGCUUCCCAAUGGUAAUGGCUUCAGCAGUCUCAAAAACUUUUUGUGGAUGUGUGUAUCAGAUCCACAUAGUGAGAUUGUCGAGACCACUCUAGUAAAAGUGGGCCGGCAAAUUGGUCUUCUACAUUGGAAUGACUAUUGUCAUGGAGACCUGACAACAUCCAACGUCGUUCUUCAACACAGCGACGGAGACUGGGAGCCUUACUUGAUCGAUUUUGGGCUAGGAUCGGCAUCAACACUUGUUGAAGAUAAAGGCGUUGAUUUGUAUGUGCUAGAGAGAGCUGUGAAUAGCACGCAUUCACGUUUCGCCGACACUUACAACGAGUUGUUGAUGCAAGGGUACAAGCAGGUUUAUGAAGAGCUCAGUCAAAAGGGCCAAAACAGGUUGCGCGAGGUUUUGAAAAGGUUUGAGGAAGUGAGACUGAGGGGCAGAAAGAGAAGUAUGAUAGGAUAA